UCCCAGAGAUGUUUUAUAUCCACAAUUAUGUUAUCUGUGAAUAAUGAGAGAGGUUGAGUCAAUGCAAAGCUGUGCGGUUUAGUCCACGUGUCUCAUGUGGGCAGGUGGUGCCGCCCCUGCACGGUCCUUCCUUGGCCUCCCAGCCGAACCUCCCCAGUUCUCCAUACUCUCCCCAGAGCAGCAGAAUGAACACAUCUCAGGCCCCAGUGUCCUUCAAGGACGUGACUGUGGAGUUCACCCAGGAGGAGUGGCAGCACCUGGGCCCUGCUCAGCGGGCCCUCUACAGAGACGUGAUGCUGGAGAUCUACAGCCACCUCGUCUCCGUGGCCUUUUUGGUUUCUCGUGAGAUAUCACUGUUGUUCCAGUUGUUUCCCCCUAUAGCUCUGACAGCUGAGAAGCCUCACAUCUGGGCAAGAUAAUCAUAAAGUCUACUCCUUUCUUGCUUGGCAUCAAUGUGGUCACAGAGCACCCGUUGUAGUGCAUCAUGGACCUACUGACACAAUAAAGAAGACUACCGACGUGAUCUUUUAGAGGAUAGCCAGGUAAACCAAGACAAGUAUUUAUGUCAAGUUUUAUUCACCACCAACAGACCAGUGACUACACAGCAAGAGAAAGUUUCAGGAAAACCAUUUAAUCUGGACACAGACAUUGUUCCUUCAAGAAAACUAAUCUCUUCAUGUGACAGUGUGCGGCCUAGAUACUUUGGUCUCUACCCAUUGGCUCCACAUAAUGACUC